GGCUCCAGCACUGCAGCACCACUCCCCUCUCUGUCAGACCAGGAUCUAUCUUCUCCCCGAGCCUCCCAGCCUGUGUGACCGCUGCUGCCUCUGGACUGCUGUGGACUCUCACUGGAUGUCAGCACACAAAACUAUUUCUACAUUAAAACCGGCUGUCAAACCCUCCGGAGUCGCAUGAAGUUGGAAAUACGACGCUUUUGAACUUCACCUCCAAACGUGGAUGUGAUCAUCAGCAAUCAGGUUUCAUUAUCCAUACAUGGGGAGCAGUCCAUGGACCUAAGUGUGACCCAGAGGUUCCUACAUCCAGGCCUAGAUUCGGCCAUGCUGGCCCCCCACCCUCCCUUCUUCCUGGGACCCCUCACCUCUCAGCAUUGCUCCCAGUUUUCCCAGCAGCACUUGCAGUAUAACACUGAACAAAGGCCAAGAGAGAUGGAGCAGGAGAAAAGAGAAGAGCUCCAACAGCUGAUACGAAAGAAUAAAAAUGAGCAGAGUGCUGUAGCCAGUCCUCUGGUAAAGCAGAAACUUCGGGAACACAUUAUUAUGAAGAGCCAGCCCACCCAUGACAGGGUCACUCCCAACCACAACAGUCCCGCACCAGGAUACAGGCUGCCAGUUCCUGACAUGUCCCCAAAGUCUCAGCCUACAGCCUGUGACCAGCGGAAAGACCUCGCCCUGCGUAGGACAGUCUCUGAGCCCACUCUGAAGUGGAAGUUAAAGAAGCUCAUCAGUACAAGGCCAAAUCCACUGCAGCGUAAGAUCAGUGCACCUCCCGCAGUCAAGCACAGGACAGAAACUCAUGACUCCUCCCCCAGCAGCAGUAGCAACCCAGCAUCUGGGUGCAGCUCACCCAAUGACAGCCUCCAUUCAGAUAAUGGGCACCUCCCACUGGCUCAAGAGGCACAGAGGUUGUUGGCCCAUUUCACCUUGCCUCCCAACCCCACUGCCAUGCCCAACAUCACUGCUGGACUUCCUGCACAGGCUGACCUGCGAGUAGCCAGGCCACUGGCAGUAUCUGCUCUGCAUCCGGUCUACCUGCCUCUGGAAGGAGGCACUUCAGCCCUGGGUCAGCACCUGCAGCCCGUGCUCAUACUGGAACCACACACAGGACUGGUGCACUCGCAACUUGUCUCCCUUCAUGGUUUGAGCUCCAUUCCUCUGCAGCAGCAGCAGCAGCAGCAGCCUCACCUGUCCUCCCACACCAGAAGGGAAGGCAUAGUUACCUUGGCCUCUCACAGACCCCUGGAGCGAACACGCUCAGAGCCUCCACCCUACAGCCACUCACCCCUCAGUCUGCAUGCCAACCGUCACUUACACAUCCAGCACCAGCUGUCCCAGCAAUACCACAAGAGCGGACUGGAAAGGUUCAAGCAGAUUCCACACCUGAGCAAGAUCCCAUCGGAGGACAUGGACCUGGAGGAGAUUGGCUCAGAAUCAGGUUCGGGACCCGGGUCCGUGUGUGAUUCAGAACCGGGUUCUAUGUGUGAGGACAGCUAUUGCAGGAGACAGAGCACUGCCAGCACAGACUCGGUUUAUGACACAGAGUCCACUACCUCCUCGCGGGACAGCUUGAUCGAGCCCUCACAUUCACUCAGUCAGAGGCAGGUGAUCCUUAGAUCAGGUCUCCAGCUGGAACCCCCGGGUGCGCCUGCCCUAAUUUGGCAUCAUCAGCCUCUGGUUCGGACACAGUCCUCCCCAGCCUCCACUUCCUUGCCUCCUCCUCCACAUCCACCUACAACCAUGCCUUCCCUGUCGCUGUCCAGCCCUCCUGCAGACGUCAAGCUACGCUUCACCACAGGUCUGGUUUAUGAUGCUCAAAUGCAGAAGCACCAGUGUACCUGUGGGGACAACAGCCGGCACCCUGAGCAUGCUGGGAGGGUCCAGAGCAUCUGGUCCAGACUGCAUGAGAGAGGUCUCAGGAAUCAGUGUGAGCGUAUCCGCAGUAGGAAGGCGACUCUAGAAGAGCUGCAAUCAGUCCAUUCAGAGAAACAUGUGCUUCUGUUCGGCACCAACCCGCUCAACCGCCUCAAGCUGGACAACCGCAAGCUGGCUGGAAUCUUAUCUCAACGGAUGUUUGUGAUGUUACCAUGUGGAGGAGUUGGGGUUGACAUUGAUACAAUCUGGAAUGAACUUCACACAUCAGUAGCUUCCCGCAUUGCUGCAGGAUGUGUCACAGACCUGGCACUGAAGGUGGCCCAAGGAGAGCUGAAGAAUGGCUUUGCAGUGGUGAGGCCUCCUGGACACCAUGCAAACCACUCAUCCCCUCUGGGCUUCUGUUUCUUCAACUCUGUGGCUAUUGCUGCCAAACAGCUCCAGCACAAACUCAACGUCAGCAAGAUCCUCAUCGUGGACUGGGAUGUCCAUCAUGGUAAUGGCACCCAGGAAGCCUUCUAUAAUGACCCAAAUGUGCUGUACAUCUCUCUACAUCGCUAUGAUGAUGGCAACUUCUUCCCUGGUAGUGGACAUCCCAGCGAGGUUGGUGCAGGUGCAGGAGAGGGCUUCAAUGUGAAUGUAGGAUGGACAGGGGGUUUGAACCCUCCCAUGGGGGAUGCAGAGUACCUGGCUGCAUUCAGAUCCGUGGUGAUGCCCAUUGCCCACGAGUUUUCCCCUGAUGUUGUGCUGGUGUCUUCUGGCUUUGAUGCAGUCGAAGGACAUGUGUCAUCACUGGGAGGUUACAAGGUCACAGCCAAGUGUUUUGGCUUUCUGACCCGUCAGCUGAUGUCACUGGCUGGGGGUCGGGUGGUCCUGGCUCUGGAGGGGGGGCAUGACCUCAAGGCGAUCUGUGAUGCAUCUGAAGCCUGCGUCAGCGCCCUGCUGGGCAUGGAGGUGGAGCCUCUGUCCCAGUCUGUGUUGGACCAAAAGCCUUGUGAAAAUGCUGUCCACUCUCUGCAGAGAGUCAUCCAGGUUCAGGGUGAGUACUGGCAGAGUGUGAAGGAUUCGGCUGCCACAGUGGAUCUGUCCUACCUGCAGGCGCAGAGACGGAGGCUGAGACGAGACUCGGACAGCGAGGCCGUCAGCGCCAUCGCCUCGCUGUCGAUGGGAGCUGUCACCUCUGACAAGAAACAGACAGAAAAACUGACAGAGAAAGGUGAUUCCCUCUGAGGAAACAGUCUCCUGACAGCUGCCUUCAACCAUGGAAACACACACACACACACACACACACACACAGAUCUAUGCAUUUGGACUUUCACUGGAAGCAUAUGUCCUCCUCAGUUUGACCACUGUACUCAUCGCCUCACAAAAACUCCUCCACCUGCAAAACUACUGGCUGCAGUCUGACCACUCAAACACACACUGACUACAUUCAUUUUCUCACGACGCCGUUCCUGAAGAAGACAUCUUUCCGUGAAAUGAGGAAAAGCUUAACAGAAAGACAACCAGAGGCAGGUUAAUGAAGGAUCUUUACACUUUAGUAGCAUUGGGAGCAUGACGUAGCACAUAUACACACUUGACAAAGCACAGCUCUGCGAGUUCAAACAUUCACCUUGUAAAUGACUCCCACAAGACCUGCGAGAGAACCCUCGCACUGUUGUAACCUUGAAGGCGGGGUCAAGGGUCACCCGGAGCCAUUCACUCAGAGCGGAAGGAGUCGUCCCCGCAGGACGUGCCGGUGAAGGAGAGCAGACACAUCCUCCUCCGCGUCCCACUAUGAUGAUGUCAUUUGUCUGAAUGCGACAAACAUCCAAUGAAGGAAAAAGAUCAGGAUCUUCUGAUCGGUUUUUGCACUGCACCGUUCUGUGAUGUGACAAGACAGAGGAGACGCAGCCACGGCGGCCAUGUUGACAAUCAAACGUCUUGUUUGUUCAUGUUUUCAGUUUCAUUCAUUUGACCCGUGGCACACAUUUUGAAUGUCAGCGGGUUUUUUUGUUGUUGUUGUUGUUUAAGAAUCCAGUAAGAGUGAAGCUACAGUGAAGUCUGAGAUACAUAUGUUUCAUAUUGUUUUGUAUGUCCACAUAUUUUCUUAAGUCCUUUUUUUUUCUUUUUUGGCCUGUCGGGCGAGCAUAUGCAGCAUAGAUGGCUGCAGUUAUUUUUGCGGCUCCCCGGCAGAUAAAAGAAGACACAUCGGCCUUUGAUGAAAUGCAUCUUAAAAGUGUAGACAUACUGUAGUUUACCGGUGGCAUUAGUCACAUUAAAGAGCUAAUACCUUCAGUCAGUGGAGUUUCAAUAUCGGGGAGACUCUUUACACGUCAGCAAAGACACAAAUUACCCAUGACCACUCAGAUAUGAUUGUAUAUGUGACGAAGCAGAUCACAUUUUGGAUGAGACCCAUCCAAAGACGUAAUGAAGAUCCCACCCUUAAAGUGCACUUACAUUUCCCUCAGGAUGGGAGAAGUUUAAAUGGACCAGCGUUUCUACCUGUGGAUGAGCAUUCCUGCUGUAAAUUCAUUUUAACCUUUUAUUUCUUUCAUAACAUGGACAAACUGAUGUGUCCUCCGUUCAUUAUUGACGUAGCAGUGUUGUGUUUAGUGUCAGCGGCAAGGACCAAACGACAUUUUAGCAAUCAGGACGCAGCAGUGAUACUGACAGAGCUGAAUCUCCACACAGUGCAAUUGGACACAGGUUAAGCGCAACCAAAGUUUAUGAGAACAAUGUGCCGUCCCUGGACUGGCAUGGCUUAAAGAACUUCAAAGACUUUGAAGAGUUUGUGAAUGUUUCUUUUUUCUAUCCAAACAGUUGAACAGCACCAAAAGCACAUGACGGACAUAUAAACAAAUUCAUUUUUUCAACAAAAAAAACCCUAUUUAUACAUUCAGAUUCUGUGUCUUUGAAGUGCUCUUUGCAUGUCUAACACAAUUUUGACGGUGCUAUGGAUUAUUCCUUUUUUUAAGUGCUGUAUGUUUGCUUUUCUUUCUUUCUUUAUGUUGCGUUUGCAACUCGAAACCUGUCAAACCUUUUUUUUUUUUUUUAUGUGAUGAAAAUGUGAAAAGAAAUGAGACGGUGAGUUUCAGCUCCAUAUCAUGCAAGACAGCCCGAGUGUAGCUUUACGUAGUUUUAGGAGAACAUUUAUGACAGUGACUUGACAUAUCUAAUGUCUUAUCUUUUGUCUUAAUUCAUACAAAUGACUUAUUUUUGUAUUUUGAUCUCAAAAAUGAACCCAGUGCGUACUUAGAGACCAAAUUAUCAGCCAGUGUGCCUUGAAGUAUCAUACUGACCAGCCAGUGUGAAGGUAGCCUUAACAAACUGGAUCUUAAAUAUUUUCUCUCUGAACUGACUCUGUUUCUGUACAGUGUACAUAAUGACGUGUUUGUCUUUUCUACUAUUUUUGUUUCCCCAAAAAAAUCCUUAAUAAAGGUAAAUUAUAUACAUUUGAAUAA